UUCAAACAAACCAACAAUCCCUCAACUUCAAUCCAUACAUACAUCAUCUUCUUCUUCAUUCCAAAUCAACAAUGGCAUCAGUCUCCAUCCUUCACACCCUUUUUGGCAUCUUCGGCAAUGCAGCCGGACUCUUCCUCUUCCUGGCACCAACGAUCACAUUCCAGAGGAUCAUCAACAACAGUUCAACAGAACAAUUCUCUGGUGUUCCAUACCCAAUGACACUGCUCAACUGUCUAUUGUCGGGAUGGUACGGCCUGCCGUUUGUGUCUGAGAAUAAUGCACUGGUGACGGUUAUAAACGGGGUUGGAGCGCUGAUAGAGGGGUUGUAUGUCAUGGUGUUUGUUAUGUAUGCUCCCAAGAAGGAGAAGCGGUUUGUUGGUUGGUUGGUUGUGUUUGUUUUAGUGACGUUUGCUACGGUUGCUUUGGUUUCGGUCUUGGUUCUUGCGGGUGAUAUGCGAAGGUGCUUCUGUGGGUUUGCGGCUGCUGUGUUUUCGGUUAUUAUGUAUGCGUCGCCGCUAUCGAUCGUGAUGACAGUGAUAAGGACGAAGAGUGUGGAAUUCAUGCCAUUUUUUCUGUCACUGAUGGUUUUCUUGUGUGGAACUUCCUGGUUUAUAUUUGGCCUCCUUGGAAAUGACCCUUUUCUCUAUGUAUGCAAUGGGUUUGGAAGCUUAUUGGGUGCACUACAGUUAAUUCUAUACGCCAUAUACAAAGACAACGCAGGUAACAAGGAUGAGAAACAAGUGGCUGAGGAGGGCGGAUCUGCCAAGGGGACUGGAGUGGUUGAUGAGAACAAACAAGCGGAAGAAGGUAACUUAACGGCGGCAGAAAAUGAUAAAGUGUAGAGGGCUAUUUGUAUUUAAAUCAAAUCGUAUGUUAAGAAUCACGUUUAGGUUGGUAUUUGUUACGUUUAAGUAUGCGCUUUGGUGGUGAAGUUUGUUGGCGUUUGUAAUAUUAGCGAAAUUUAUGAAAGCCGCUAAACCUUUUAACCGUUG